AUGAAACUAAUACCAAUAAAUUUGGAUGUACCUAAACAAACUGAACUAGCUACAGUUUUGCAGAAUGAGUUGUGUUCAGAUUUUGAAGAAGUUACAGUCGAAUGGGUGGAUUGUCCUGAUUUGACUCAGGAACCUUUCAAUCUCGCAGCACCAGGAUUAUGCGGUGAUACAAUACUUUUAGAUAUCGGUGGUAUCUCGAAUCUUUUUCCAUUACUAACAGAAGAUAAAAUCUUCAAAAGUAAAAUUUACUUCACAAAUAUCUUACAAAAACUUGAUCGUAUUCUAAAUGAUAAUUUGAUCAUCGGAGGAGGUCAAAUAAAGCAGUCAAAUACAUUAGGCGAACUGAUUAUGAAUGCGUCAUUCUCACCAGCAGAGAAUGAAAUGACCACAGUCAAAAAUAAAAGUAACUUCGCGUAUAUAGAAAUGCCACAGAAAAAAUUUGUAUUGGAAUCCUUAACUGAUCCUAAUCCUUAUUGCAAUAUAUACGGGAACUUCUUCGUCAGCAAAGGUUUGCGAGAACAAGUUCUUAAAGUACAUGUUAAGCAUCGCACAGGUCGUGACUUUAUAUUUGCACUGCAGCACGCAGUUAAACGAUUUUCAAAAUUUUCAAAAAUCAUGGGUUUCGGCGGUACAUUCAUAGUAAAAAACGGGAAAACGAUAUAUCAUAACAUAAAAAAUAAUUGGAGAAUUCCGAUAACAAUGAAAAAUCAUAUGCAUUAUUGCAUUAAAUAUAGGGAAGUUCAAACUUCGCCUAUGGUAGCAUUUGCCACGUUUGUUAGCGCAGACAGAUACAAAGGUACUUACUUUAACCGAACGCACGUCCAUGUUAAGUCUAACGCCGACGGCGGGUAUUAUCAUGAAACUGAACCGGAUAAUAGUAAUACGGAGUAUUUAGGAUAUUUUUCUCCAGCAACGAAGCUCUAUUGUAUUAAUCCCGCACCUGUAUUUCAUGAAAUGCUAAACUUUGCUUGUUUAAGAAAUUAA